CAGCCAUGUUAAUGACAUCUACCUACUGGAAUUUGACGGCAAAAUUGGCCAGAAGCUAGUGCAUCUUCAAGAUCGCAGAUCGAGGUGAGGAAAGGAAAAUAAAUAGAAAGGCAAACUACGCUAAUCUGCAAAAAUGAACUUUAGCCAUCUUUGCGAACUCUUAUGGACAGUCUAUGACGAACAGGACUCCAUUCUCCAGCCCAUGUGGGACCACCUGCGGCUGUAUCACUCUGACACCAUUAGGUCCCCACUCUUCCCAGUGGUGCUGACUGUGUCAUCAUACUUCAUCAUCUGCCUCCCUUACCUGGUCUGUGAUAUAAUGGGUGACAGGUGGCCGGCAGUCCAGCGUUUCAAGAUCCAGCCAAGUAAGAAGCCAACACCUGCUAUGCUGGUCCACUGUGCAGGAGUCACCCUACGCAAUCACCUGGUCCUGGUCUUCCCAGCAGCUGUGGCUCAGUGGGCAUGGCGACCACCGGUUCCUUUACCUGACCGGGCCCCCACCCUGCUGGAGCUUGCCGGUGGGGUGGCUGGAAAUCUUCUACUCUUUGACUUGCAGUAUUUUAUUUGGCAUUUCUUGCACCACAAGAUCCGCUGGCUGUAUGUCACCUUCCAUGCCAUCCACCAUAACUACAUGGCCCCCUUUGCCUUGGCCACCCAGUGCCUGGGAGGUUGGGAGCUAGUCACUGUAGGCUUCUGGACUACCCUGAAUCCGGUGCUGUUGAGAUGUCACCUGCUCACAACUUGGGUAUUUAUGGUAGUUCAUGUGUAUGUUUCAGUAGAGGAUCAUUGUGGCUAUGACUUUCCCUGGUCUACAUCGCGUCUUAUGCCAUUUGGUUUCUACGGUGGACCAAGCCAGCAUGAUGUGCAUCAUCAGAAGCCCAACACCAACUUUGCACCCCACUUCAGCCACUGGGAUAAAUUAUUUGGUACUCAUGCUGACCUAGCUUUUUGAAAUUUUGCUAAAAUGCUGCAUAUCUAUAAAUAGUUGUUUAAAUUCAAAAGGUAGUAAAACUAUCAUUUUGCAUGUGUUUAGUUUGUAUCAUAAAUGAAAUUCUGUUAUAGCUAUCUGCAAAUUAAUUUGUCUGAGAAGUAUGCUUUUGUAGCAGUCCUGAUGAAUUUGCAAUCAUAAAUACAGUGUUCAGUUAUGUCUUAUAUUAUGGCAAUUACCUUAAGAGCUCAGUACGGUGAGUUGAUUGGAUUCUGUUGCAUGCAUCUUCUGCUGUGGCUUCCAUAAAUGACCAUUGCCAUUUUGAGCACACUAGAUUAAAGAUGGAUAGAGUAUACUGUACUGUACUACACUUUUAUUAUUAGCAUGCCAUGAUUAUAUAACCAAGUCAUUUGUGUCAGCAUUUUAUGACUUAACUGUAAAAUAGGCUACAGUUAAAAAGAUGUUUUUUUUUUCAAAAAGGUUUACUGGCCACUAGAUGUCAGUAUCGACUAACACCGCAAUUAAAUGUGUGCAGCUAUCAUCAGAUUUGCCUGUGUAAUUCUCUGUACUACCUAUUAAAAUGUUUGUAUUACAAUA